AAUUGUAGGGUUAUAAUUUAUUGGGCUCAUCUUAUCUUCUCCAACUUAAAUUCAUUUUGUCCUUAAGCCUCUCUCUCUCUCUAAGCAUACCACAGGGAGUGCAAGUGACAACUUCACCAGAAUCAAUGGCUUCCACUUCAACACCAUCACUACCUCUACAAACCGGUGCCCGGAAUACGAGCUUCCCGUCAUCACCAACAACUAAACCAUUUCAUGCCAAUCUCCAUUUUCCAUUUUCAUUGCCUCUAACUCAGCUUAUAGCUCCUGUAAAAUCUUCUAGGACUGCGAAGUACAAUGAAGUAGUGAUGGAUGAAGAGAUGGACAAGAUAAGGAGGCUGCAAAACGGGUCGGACGUUCGAGGGGUGGCGGUGGAGGGAGAGAGAGGCCGGACGGUGGACCUCACACCACCGGCCGUGGAAGCCAUUGCCGAGAGCUUUGGUGAGUGGGUUAUCAGUGGCUUGGAGAAGGAAGAAGAAGUUAAGGUUUCUCUCGGACGUGACCCUCGAAUCUCCGGAGCAUCGUUGAGCGUGGCGGUGUUCGCCGGACUUGCUCGUGCCGGUUGUUUGGCGUUUGACAUGGGACUUGCUACUACGCCGGCUUGUUUCAUGAGUACAUUGUUGCCUCCAUUUCUGUAUGAUGCUUCCAUAAUGAUGACAGCGUCUCACUUACCCUACACGCGUAAUGGUCUAAAAUUUUUUACUAGGAAAGGAGGCCUAACAUCACCAGAAGUGGAGGAGAUAUGUAGCAGAGCUGCUCUGAAAUAUGCCAACAGGCUCGCCAAAGUUUCAACCAUGUUGCCAUCCCCAACAAGAGUGGACUUUAUGAGCACUUAUGCCAAGCACCUUAGGGACAUAAUCAAGGAGAGAGUCAACCAUCCAUUGCACUACGACACUCCUCUACAAGGCUUUCAGAUAAUUGUAAAUGCUGGAAAUGGAUCAGGAGGAUUUUUCACAUGGGAUGUGUUAGACAAGCUUGGUGCUGACACCUUCGGCUCCCUAAACCUGCACCCAGAUGGCAUGUUCCCCAACCACAUCCCCAAUCCUGAGGACAAAGUUGCCAUGGCCCUGACAAGAGCUGCAGUACUAGAGAAUACAGCUGAUCUCGGAAUCGUUUUCGACACUGACGUAGACCGGAGUGGCGUGGUCGACAAUGCCCGAAACCCCAUAAACGGGGACAAGCUCAUUGCGCUUAUGGCUGCCAUUGUGUUGAGAGAACAUUCCGGAGCAACCAUUGUAACCGAUGCUCGGACAAGCUUGGCGCUCACACGGUUCAUCACCGAUAGAGGGGGUCACCACUGCUUGUAUCGAGUUGGCUACCGGAAUGUCAUCGACAAGGGAGUCCAGCUUAAUGAGGAUGGCAUUGAAACACACCUCAUGAUGGAAACCUCUGGUCAUGGUGCUCUGAAGGAGAAUCAUUUUCUUGAUGAUGGUGCUUACAUGGUGGUGAAAAUUAUCAUUGAAAUGGUUCGAAUGAAGCUCACGGGAUCAGAAGAAGGCAUUGGUAGUUUGAUAAAAGAUCUCGAGGAACCCUUAGAAUCGAUAGAACUAAGGAUGAAUAUCCUCUCCGAGCCUCAACAUGCGAAGGCAAAAGGUGCAGAGGCCAUUGAAACAUUCAGAGAUUACAUUAAGGAAGGAAAACUACCAGGAUGGGAAUUGGACUCAUGUGGAGAUUGUUGGGUAAGUGACGGCUGCCUUGUAGACUCAAACGACACUCCGGCUUCCAUCGAUGCUCAGAUGUACAGGGCUAAAGUUUCAGACGACGAAAAUGGGCAACAUGGUUGGGUACAUCUUCGGCAGAGUAUUCACAACCCAAAUAUUGCUGUAAAUAUGCAAUCAACAAUACCUGGAGGAUGCCAUUCCAUGACCAGAGUUCUCAGAGAUAGGUUUCUGAUAGAGAGUGGAAUGGAUAAAGUCCUUGAGAUUACUCAGAUUGACGAUUAUGCUAAAAGUGGAUGUGUUUAGAUUAGGACGUGGUCUUCUCCAUUGAAAAUGGAAUGGGGAGUUUUACCAUAACAAUACAGGUCAAUUCAAUACUAUAGUGAUGAUGCAUGUAGAAUAUAUGCCUUUGUAAUUAAAAUUUAAAGAGGGGGUACAUGUAAUAAAUUGGAAGUAUCAUGCUCUCUAUGUGAGCACAAAAAUACUCAUAGGGCUAGCUCGACAGAAUUUCACUAUCAAGAGACUGGGCACAAUGCGUACACGUGAAUUGAUACAUAAAUCAAAUGGUGUUUUGAAUGCA